AUGAUUUGCACGAACCUACAUCAUGGGAACCUGCUGACCCCACAGCGGAACUUCGACAUCCACACCCGGCAAAAUGAAUGGGAGCUCAUUUUGUCGACGCUGCAAGAGGCUAUCUCGCUCACCCGACGCCGCCACAUUUACUCCAUCUGGCUUGACGCCCCGUGCAUCAUUCAAAACGAUAGCCGUGAUUGGAACCGCGAGGUCGUGAGAAUGGAGGCAUAUGACCAAAGUGCAUGGCUCGUCAUAGUGGGCCACUCGAGCUCAAAUGCGAAAAGUGGCUUGUUUGGUCCACGCCUAUUUGCGUACUAUGAAGGGAAACUAAAUCCGAUCACCUUCCACAAUGCUCAAUAUAAUUUUGCACAGGGGUAUUGA